CCCGCAGGCAGGAGCUGCCAUGGAUCUGGUCCUGGACGCUGCCGACCGGCACCUCCUCACACCCUACGUGUACCCCGCCGGCUGGCCCGAAGGCGAGCCCUGCCGCCAGCUCCUCAGCCUCUUCGUCAUCACCAACCUGGGGGCACUCGCCCUCUACCUGCUCUUCGGCACCCUCAGCUACUACUUCAUCUUUGACCACCAACUCAAGAAACAUCCCCAGUUCCUAGAGAACCAGGUGCGUCGGGAGAUCACCUAUGCGCUGCGCUCCCUCCCCUGGAUCAGUGUGCCCACCGUCGCCCUGUUCUUCGCCGAGGUGCGGGGCUACAGCAAGCUCUACGACAACAUCGAGGACUCCCCAUACGGCUGGUCGGGCGUCUUCCUCAGCAUGCUGUCCUUCCUCUUCUUCACCGACAUGGGCAUCUACUGGAUACACCGCGCUCUCCACCACAAACUGCUCUAUAAGCGCUUCCACAAGCCUCACCACCUCUGGAAGAUCGCGACGCCCUUUGCCAGCCACGCCUUCCACCCUGUCGACGGCUUCAUGCAGAGCCUGCCCUACCACGUCUACCCCUUCCUCUUUCCCCUGCACAAAGUCACCUACUUGGGACUUUACAUCUUCGUCAACGUCUGGACCAUCUCCAUUCACGACGGCGACUACCGUGUCCCCCGCCUCUUGCGGCACAUCAUCAAUGGAUCGGCCCACCACACCGACCACCACUUGUACUUCGACUACAACUAUGGGCAGUACUUCACACUCUGGGACAAGAUCGGCGGCUCCUACAAGAGCCCCACGGCCUUCGAGGGCAAAGGCCCCCACGACUACUUGCGCAAGCUCCGAGAGAAAGGCCCGGGGGUGCCCAACGGCCCCCUGGCCACCAAGACUGAGUAGGGUUCCCACCGGCCCAGGCCCUCUCCAGGAUGAGAUUCCCCAGCCAGAUCUUAUCCCAUUCCUCCCUGGCCUCUUGAGACUACUUUCCCAUGGACAAAGAUCCCCCAUUCCGUGACAGCGCGACUGGUGUGGGGCGAUUCUCAGAACCCGAAGCCGCUCCUGCAGCUGGGGUGACGUGCUCAGAGGCCGACAGGCACUCGUGGUCUGGGUGGACCUCCUGCCCCGGCUGGAAACCCCAGGUUCCACAUCCCUGCUUGCUGUGAGUGCUGACAUUGGUGCCUACCGCCUCCGACACAUGACACCCACCAACCUCAGAGGUCCUACAGCAUGACCCACAG